AUGAGGCGCAGUGUGGGGCUUGUGGCAAGAACCACGAAACGGCAUGCUGCCAAUGUGCCGCGCACGCCACGGCCAGCAAGCGAGAAGCCGCCUGGCCCACAGGUCACAGAUGCGCGUGCUCCUCCCAAGAAGAGCGUGAACGUGCGCCCAGCUGCUCGCGAGGGCCCGCCAAAGCCAGGCGCAGGCAACCCGUCGCAGCCGCCGCCACCGCCUUCGUCUGGGAAAGGUGGCAUGUCCUUUGCCCGCAAGGCAGCGCUGGUCACCAUGCUUGGUGUCACGGGUUAUGGCACCGUGGUGACGCUCGGCAUGCGCGACGAAAUGCUCCGCCCAACCAUCGAGGAAUAUGUUCCCGGCGCCAAGGAGGUGUACCAGCUGAUGUCCUCAGAGACGACACAAACAAAGCCGUCGCCGGAAAUCCUCGGACCGCUCGGCAACACAAAGAGCACACCACCGCCAUCGUCAUCUCGGGACGUGAAGGAGCGAUUGCGCGCCAGCAGGGAGGAGAAGAAGGCACAACGGCAGGAGGAGCAGCAGGCGGCACAGGACACGAAGCAACAGGACGCUGCUGUCAUUGAGGACGCAGCAGAGGACAUAACACCAGAACCAGCCACCACCGUUCAACCUGAGAACGAGACUGCGCCAACGGACGCAGAGGUGGAGGCCGUUGUGGUGCAGCACGUCCAAGACAACAUCGACCAGGUCACCGCGAGUGGUGAAGACACGGAAAGCAACACCGCCGAUGGCCUUGCAGACGAGGUUGAGCCCGGUCUGGAGAGCGUGGAGCGCGACGAGCCAGAGACACACGCACACCGGCAGCUUGAACCAACAGCGACAACCACGCAGCAGCAGCAGCAGCACAACAGUGGCGAUGAGGGAAGUGAGAGUGCCACUGCUGUGGAGGCCGAUGGUGCUGGUGCUGAACAAGAGCAGCAGCAGCAGCAGCAAGAGGCACCAGCAUCUGCCGAUGGCGGUGCCACGCCCACCCAGGAAGAGAAUGACGAGACAGCCACUACCCAAGAGGACACAGCCACCACCACCACCGCCGCCACUGCACCGACGAGCGCCGGGGAGGCGGAUGUGAUACCGCCACCGCCGCCCGAGCUGCCGGACACAGCGACGAUGGAGGAGAAGCUCCAGCACGCAAUCGCCCGCGCUCAGUAUCUGGAGGCGCAGCUUGAGCGUCAAACGCAGGGCGAAAUCGACCGCGUUUCAAAACUCCUGGACCACCAGGCCGCCGUGACGUCAUCAUCUGUGCGCGAGGCAGUCAUGAAGGAGCGCUCCUCCCAGCAGGCCAUGCUUGCUGCAGAGGUGCGGCGCCUACGCACACAGUUUGAAGAGGAGGUGGAACGCACGCGCGCCGAGGCGGAGGAGAAGGCCAAGACUGAACUGCAUGAACACCUGCGGGUGCAGGAGAACAAGCACGAGCAGUCGCUUCGCGAUGCACUCAACGAACAGGCAAAGCGCAUCUGGGAGGAGAGCGAGGCGAGCAUGCGGGUGAAGCUUGGGCAGGAGCGGGCCCACCGCAUUGCAAAGCUUGAAGGAAUGUUUCUCCGGCUCAAGGCUGUGGAGGCGGUCAUGUCCGAAUAUGCUGCGCGCGACAGGACCGUGCGACACAUGCACGCGCUCAUUCUCGCAUCGGAUGUCCUCGCCGAUGCACUCGAGCAACGCCGUCCGCUCAGAGACGCGGUUGCACAUGUGCGAAAAGCGGUUGCUGGCGACGAGCUUGUGUCCACGGUGGUGGAGUCCCUCAACACAAAGCAGCGCGUGGUGACGCCCAGCGACCUCAUUGGCUCCUUUGAGACCCACCGUGACCGUGCACGCGAAGUGGCGCAUGUGCCCGCAUAUGGCGGCAUGCUCGCCCACGCCCUCUCCUACAUCACCUCCCGCCUCACAUUCAAGCCCCUCGGCCUC